CUGUGUCCAAUCACAGCUGAUCGCAAGUAAAUAGGGAAAUGCCGGUUAUCAGCAUUUCUCUCCUCACAAGUUGUCACGCUGACAGCUCAGAGGACAUGUACACUGAUCAUCAGGGUACUGAUGAUCAGUGUGCCCUGAUGAUCAGUGUAGCCCCAGCAGUGCCACCUGCCAGUGCCCAUCAAUGCCACAUAUCAGUGCCUACCAGUGCACAUCAAUGCCACAUAUCAGUGCCCAUCUGAGCUGCCUUUCAGUGUCACCUAUCAGUGCCAGUCAGUGCCGCCUUUCAGUGCCCAUCUGUGAUGCCUCUCAAUGCCCAUGAGUG